AUAGCUGCUUAGAUAUAAGGAGAAAAAAAGAUGUUUAUAGUAGCAGAAUCUGAUCUUGGGGGGUGAGUGGGACCUAGAAAUUUUCCUGAGGAAGUUAUAUUUGAGCUGAGACAGUUAGGAAUUAAUAACUAACAAAGGGCCAUCCUAAUUGCUAUUUCUGGGUUACAAGCCACCCCAAAACUUAGUGGCAUAAAACAAUCAUUUUAUUAUGCUCAUGGAUUCUGUGAGUCAGAAAUUUGGACGGGGCAUAGUUGGUGACAGUUUGUCUCUGCUCCAUGAUGUCUAGGGGUUCAGCUGGAAAGACAAAGGUGGCUUGACAGCUGGGGGCAGAAUCUCUGGAGCUUCUUCACUCCCAAGUCUGACGUCAGGGCUCAGAUGACUUUAAGCUGGAACUACGGACUGUAGUGCCUAUACAAGGUCUCUCCAUGUGGUUUAUGCUUCCUCAGAGCACGACUACCUCAGCAGAGUUGCACUUCUCGCAUGAUGCCUCAAGGCUCCAGAGCUAGUCAUUCCAGUGGACGAAGAAUGCCUUUGCCUUUUACUACAUAGCCUUGGAAAUCACAUAGUGUCAAUUUCUAUUCAUUCCUAUUCUCUAUUGGUUGAAGUUGUCACAAUCCUGCCCAGAUGGAGAUAGACUCUACCUUUUCAUGAGAGGAGUGUGAAAGAAUUUGCAGUCGUGUUUUAAUGGCGGGGGUGGGGGUGGGGUGGCGUGCAGAGAAUACUCCGGGCAGAGGGAAAUUCAUGUGGGAAAUCCCUGUUAUGGAAGUGAGGUCAGCAAGUUCAAUAAACUGAAAUAAGUAGCUGUAAAUUUACCCCCCAGUCAAGCACUCCCUUUCCCCAAUCUUGGCUUAAAUUUUAUCCAUAGAACAUAUCGCUUUCUAAUAUUCUAUAUUUUAAAAUUCUUAUUUUGUAAACUGUCUUUUCCCACUAGCUUUUGAGCUCCAUGUGGGCAGGUUAUAUUUUCCCCUGUUUUGGUUACUGAUAUAUCCACAAAUUAAGCGAUCAGAGUUUUUGAAUGAAUGAAUGGGUGGAUCAAGGAUGUACCUUCGAGGGCCUUGUUGAGGGCAUGACCAAUGGCAAAUUCUCUUGGAAAGGGCGUUGUUACAGAGUGUUUUCUUUUUCUUUCUUUCUUUUUUAAAAAUGUACAUACCUGGUCCAGGGAUCAGAGAGCUGUGUUUAUUUAUUUAUUUAUAAUUUAUUAUUUAUUUUUGGCUGUGUUGGGUCUUUGUUGCUGCGCACAGGCUUUCUCUAGUUGUGGCAAGCGGGGGUUACUCCUGGUUGCGGUGCGCAGGCUUCUCAUUGCAGUGGCUUCUCUUGUAGAGCACAGGCUCUAGGUGUGAAGGCUUCAGUAGUUGUGGCAUGCAGGCUUAGUAGUUGUGGCUUGCGGGCUCUAGAGCGCAAGCUCAGUAGUUGUGGCACACGGGCUUAGUUGCUCCGCGGCAUGUGGGAAUCUUCCCGUACCAGGGCUCGAACCCGUAUCCCCUGCAUUGGUAGGCGGAUCUUUAACCACUGAGCCACCAGGGAAGUCCCUACAGAGUGUUUUCUGAGCCUCAGUCAACAGCGGGAACAAUUGGGACUGGCUUUAUGGGAGGUGUGGUCAUGUUCAGGCAUGCAGGCUAAAUUUAUUCCUAGGAAAAAGGAGUCAAGGCUGGAGGCCAGCCUGUAAGAAGCAGUAGAGGAGGAGGCAAGGAAAAUGUCCAGUGAGUAGCGGGAGGCUAAGUCGCAGAUUGCCUAGGGCUAUGUCCCAGGCAGAGCAUCUGAGCCAGUGAAAAACAUCCAGAGGCCAAUGUUGUUAGUAUUCUGUGGGCAGGGGAGGGGUCAAGGACUGACAAAGUGGGGUCAGAGGAUCGAGACUUUGAAGAGCUGCUUAGGGGAUGGAGAAAAGCUUGAGGCCAUGGGAGAAGCCAAUUGAAAGUGUCAGAGGAGCGGUCACUGACAGUGGACUAAGGGAUGGGUCCACAGCUUAGUGUUAGAAAUGUUAGAAGCAAAGCAUAAAGAACCUGAGGCUGUGUCUCAGGAGGGGAAUGACGGCCAAUGAAAAGCAGGCAUAGGCGUGGCGCUGUCAAACUUCGCGGGGCGGGACCGGAGAGACCGAGCCAGAAAUGAGACCCAAGCCAAUGAAAAUCCGCCAGGUGGGCGGGGCGUCGUCCUAAGGCCAAGGGUGGAGCCAAUGAGACGCUGCGCCACGUCCCCCAUUGCCCCCGCCCCUGUGAGGCUAGUGCCGGAGCCACGGGCGGCCGUUAGGGGCGGGGCCUGCAGCCGCCCGCGCGCAGCUCGCGCCCUCCCCUUUGUGUCGCCAUGGCGGCGGCAUCGGCGACGAAGACGACGAGCGAGGGGUCCAGCGCGGCCGGCGCCUGAGGAGGCUACGCGACCAUGGUGGCUCGCAGCACUGACAGCCUGGAUGGCCCAGGGGAAGGCUCAGUGCAGACCCUGCCCCCAGCUGGGGGGCCCAGUGUGAAGGGCAAGCCUGGGAAGAGGCUCUCGGCUCCUCGAGGCCCCUUUCCCCGGCUGGCUGACUGUGCCCAUUUCCACUACGAGAACGUUGACUUCGGCCACAUUCAGCUCCUGCUGUCUCCAGAGCGUGAAGGUCCCAGCUUCUCUGGAGAGAAUGAACUGGUGUUUGGGGUGCAGGUGACCUGUCAGGGCCGUUCCUGGCCAGUUCUCCGCAGUUAUGAUGACUUCCGUUCCCUGGACGCCCACCUCCACCGCUGCAUAUUUGACCGGAGGUUUUCCUGCCUCCCAGAGCUUCCCCCACCCCCAGAGGGUGCCAGGGCUGCCCAGAUGCUGGUGCCGCUGCUGCUGCAGUACCUGGAGACCCUGUCAGGGCUGGUGGACAGUAACCUCAACUGUGGGCCCGUGCUCACCUGGAUGGAGCUGGACAACCACGGCCGGCGACUGCUCCUCAGUGAGGAGGCCUCACUCAAUAUCCCUGCGGUGGCCGCUGCCCAUGUGGUGAAGCGGUACACAGCCCAGGCACCAGACGAGCUGUCCUUUGAGGUGGGAGACAUUGUCUCAGUGAUCGACAUGCCGCCCACGGAGGAUCGGAGCUGGUGGCGGGGCAAGCGGGGCUUCCAGGUCGGAUUCUUCCCCAGCGAGUGUGUGGAGCUGUUCACAGAGCGGCCGGGUCCAGGACUAAAGGGGGAUGCUGACGGUCCCCCGGGUGGUGUCCCAGCUCCCCAGGGUAUCUCCUCUCUGACCUCAGCUGUGCCCCGGCCGCGUGGGAAGCUGGCCGGCCUCCUCCGCACCUUCAUGUACUCCCGCCCUUCCCGGCAGCGGCUGCGGCAGCGGGGCAUCUUGCGGCAGAGGGUCUUCGGCUGUGACCUUGGAGAGCACCUCAGCAACUCAGGCCAGGAUGUGCCCCAGGUGCUUCGCUGCUGCUCUGAGUUUAUCGAGGCCCAUGGGGUGGUAGAUGGAAUCUAUCGGCUCUCGGGUGUGUCAUCCAACAUCCAGAGGCUACGGCAUGAGUUUGACAGUGAGAGGAUCCCUGAACUGUCUGGCCCCGCCUUCCUGCAGGACAUCCACAGCGUGUCCUCCCUCUGCAAGCUCUACUUCCGAGAGCUGCCGAACCCCUUGCUCACAUACCAGCUCUACGGGAAGUUCAGCGAAGCCAUGUCAGUGCCUGGGGAGGAGGAACGCCUGGUGCGGGUCCACGACGUCAUCCAGCAGCUGCCCCCGCCGCACUACAGGACCCUGGAGUACCUGCUGAGGCACUUGGCCCGCAUGGCGAGACACAGUGCCAACACCAGCAUGCAUGCCCGCAACCUGGCCAUUGUUUGGGCACCCAACCUGCUACGGUCCAUGGAGCUGGAGUCAGUGGGGCUGGGGGGGGCAGCAGCCUUCCGGGAGGUGCGGGUGCAGUCGGUGGUGGUGGAAUUCCUGCUCACCCACGUGGACGUCCUGUUCAGCGACACUUUCACCUCUGCUGGCCUUGACCCUGCAGGCCGCUGCCUCCUCCCCAGGCCCAAGUCCCUUGCGGGCAGCGGCCCCUCCACUCGCCUGCUGACGCUGGAGGAAGCCCAGGCUCGCACCCAGGGCCGGCUGGGGACGCCCACCGAGCCCACAACUUCCAAGGCCCCAGCUUCACCUGUGGAAAGGAGGAAAGGGGAGAGAGGCGAGAAACAGCGGAAGCCUGGGGGUAGCAGCUGGAAGACCUUCUUUGCCCUGGGCCGGGGCCCCAGCAUCCCCCGAAAGAAGCCUCUUCCCUGGCUAGGGGGCACCCGUGCCCGACCGCCACCUUCAGGCAGCCGACCUGACACUGUCACGCUGAGAUCUACCAAGAGUGAGGAGUCUCUGUCAUCGCAGGCCAGCGGGGCUGGCCUCCAGAGGCUGCACAGGCUACGGCGACCCCACUCCAGCAGUGAUGCUUUUCCUGUGGGCCCAGCACCUGCUGGCUCCUGCGAGAGCCUAUCAUCCUCCGAGUCCUCCGAGACCUCCGAGUCCUCCGAGACCUCCGAGUCCUCCGCAGCUGGGCUGGGGGCGCUCUCCGGUUCCCCCUCACACCGAGCCUCAGCCUGGCUAGAUGAUGGGGACGAGCUGGACUUCAGCCCACCCCGCUGCCUGGAGGGGCUCCGGGGGCUUGACUUUGAUCCCCUUACCUUUCGAUGCAGCAGCCCCACCCCAGGGGACCCUGCACCUCCCGCCAGCCCGGCACCCCCGGCCCCCGCCUCUGCCUUUCCACCCAGGGUGACCCCCCAGGCCCUCUCGCCCCGUGGACCCACCGGCCCUGCCUCACCCAUUGCCCUGGACAUCUCAGAGCCCCUGGCUGUAUCGGUGCCACCCGCUGUCCUGGAGCUGCUGGGGGCUGGAGGAACACCUGCCUCGGCCACCCCAGCGCCAGCCCUCAGCCCCAGCCCAGGCCUGCGCCCCCAUCUCAUCCCCCUGCUGCUGCGUGGAGCUGAGGCCCAGCUGAGCGACACCUGCCAACAGGAGAUCUGCAGCAAGCUGGCACUGCCUGGUCCCCGGGGAGCCCAAGGCCAGCAUGGUGCUGGUAUGGAUUCACCGCUGCUGCCCCCACCCCUGUCCCUCCUUCGUCCUGGGGGGGCCCCGCCCCCGCCUCCCAAAAACCCAGCGCGCCUCAUGGCCCUGGCCCUGGCUGAGCGGGCUCAGCAGGUGGCUCAGAGACAGAGUCAGCAGGAGCAGGGCAGCACCCCGUCUGCUCCCCACUCCCCUUUCCACGGCUCGCUGUCCCUGGAGGUGGGCAGUGAGCCCCCAGGGACCACAGGGAGUGGGCCACCCCCCCGCUCCCUAGCCCACCCAGGUGCCUGGGCUCCGGGACCCUCACCCUCCCUACCAAGACAACAAAGCGAUGGGAGCCUGGUGAGGAGCCAGCGGCCCACGGGGACCUCAAGGAGGGGACCCAGGGGCCCUUCCCAGGUCAGUGCCCAGCUCAGGACAGGUGGGAGGUACAGGGAUGUGCCAGAGAUGGCAGCCCACUUCCUGUGUUCUGUCCCCCCACAGGUUCCUACCCCUGGCUUCUUCUCCUCAGCCCCCCGGGAGUGCCUACCAUCCUUCCUCGGGGUCCCCAGGCCAGGCUUGUACCCCCUUGGCUCCCCAUCCUUCCAGCCCAGCUCCCCAGCCCCAGUCUGGAGGAGCCCCCUGGGUCCCCCUGCACCACUGGACAGAGGAGAGAACCUGUACUAUGAGAUCGAGGCAGGCGAGGGGUCCCCUUACUCUGGUCCCACCCGGUCCUGGAGUCCCUUGCGUUCCAUGCCCCCAGAUAGGCUCAAUGCCUCGUAUGGCAUGCUUGGCCAAUCACCACCACUCCAUAGGUCCCCCGACUUCCUGCUCAGUUACCCACCACCCCCCUCCUGCUUUCCCCACGACCACCUUGGCUACUCAGCCCCCCAGCACCCUGCCCGGCGCCCCACCCGACCUGAGCCCCUCUAUGUCAACCUAGCCCUAGGGCCCAGGGGUCCCUCACCCGCCUCUUCCAGCUCCUCCUCCCCUCCGGCCCACCCCAGAAGCCGCUCUGAUCCUGGUCCCCCAGCCCCCCGCCUCCCCCAGAAACAGCGGGCCCCCUGGGGCCACCACACCCCUCACAGGGUGCCUGGGCCCUGGGGCCCUCCAGACCCGCUCCCCUACAGGGCAGCCCCACCAGCCUAUGGAAGGGGGGGCGAGCACCACCGAGGGUCCUUGUACAGGAAUGGGGGGCAAGGAAGGGAGGGGGCUGGUCCCCCACCCCCCUACCCCACUCCCAGCUGGUCCUUCCACUCUGAGGGCCAGACCCGAAGCUACUGUUGAGCCAGAGCUAGGAGAGACCUUCCUCCUUUCUCUUCUCCCUCACUGAUCUUGGUCCAGCCUAAUCCCUUGUUUUGUAUUUUCUUGAGCUCCUGACCCCUACCCCAGGUUUCUAACUUUGUAACUUGCCUCUGAUGUGGGUCCCUAACCUGUUAUCAUAGCUUACCUACCCUGGGCUGAAGGGCAUGCCCAUCACCCCACCACCCUCCAUCCUGGGGGCUCUUGCACAAAUCUGAGAGGGUUAGGCUGACUCCCUGUCCUCCCUUUCUCUCCAGGAGUUCCCAGCAUGUCCUGUCCUGUGCACAGGGGUGGGGGGACAGCUCCUGCCAUCUCCCCCCACAUACCCCACUAAACCAUCUGACAAAAUUAAUGAAUAAAAAUGGUGAAAAUGUG